ACUGAGUGUUGGUGCACCCCGGGCAGUUUCCCGUUAGUGCCGCUGAGCAGGACCUGCAUUCGGGCGGGUUUAUUCCCGAGACUCCGCGACAGACAUGCCGCCGAAGAAACAAGCUCAACCCACGGGCAGUAAGAAAACCCAGGAGAAGAAGAAAGAAAAGAUUAUUGAAGAUAAGACUUUUGGACUGAAGAAUAAAAAGGGAGCCAAACAGCAGAAGUUCAUUAAAGCCGUCACACAGCAGGUCAAAUAUGGACAACAGAACGCCCGCCAGAUUGCUGCUGCUGAAGCUGAUAAGAACAAGAAAGGGGACAAGAAGAAGGAGCUCUCUGAGCUGAACGAACUCUUCAAACCUGUCGUGGCUGCACAGAAAGUCAGCAAAGGUGUGGAUCCGAAGUCUGUUCUGUGUGCGUUCUUUAAACAAGGCCAGUGCAGUAAAGGGGAUAAGUGUAAGUUCUCCCACGACCUCAGUCUGGACAGGAAGUGUGAGAAACGCAGUGUGUACGUGGACGUACGAGAAGAGGAGCUGGAGAAAGACACGAUGGAGAACUGGGAUGAGAAGAAGCUGGAAGAAGUCGUCAACAAGAAGCAUGGAGAGGCUGAGAAGAAGAAGGCCAAGACUCAGAUCGUGUGUAAGUACUUCCUGGAGGCUAUAGAGAAUAAUAAGUACGGUUGGUUCUGGGUGUGUCCGGCGGGAGGAGACGGCUGUAUGUAUCGCCACGCCCUGCCCGUCGGCUUCGUCCUGAAGAAAGACAAGAAGAAGGAGGAGAACGAGGAGGAGCAGAUCUCGCUGGAGGAACUCAUCGAGAGCGAGCGAGCAGCUCUGGGUCCAAAUGUGACGCGCAUCACUCUGGAGACGUUCCUGGCCUGGAAGAAAAGGAAGAGGCAGGAAAGGAUCACUAAAUCUCAGCAGGACAUGGAGAGGAAGAAGGCCGACUUUAAAGCAGGAAAAUCUCUCGGGGUGAGCGGACGAGAAGUGUUCGAGUUCCGGCCCGAGCUGGUUAAUGACGACGACGAGGAAGCAGACGAUACCAAAUACACCGAAGUGGACGAUGAGCUCAUACAGGAGGUGGAGGAGGAAGAUGAGUGCCAGGACAUCGACAUCGCGCGGUUUGUCCUUAAAGAGGUGGACAACACGGGGAUAACGGUGGCGGCGGCGGACAGGUUCUCCUCCCGAGUUCAGCCAAGCUGCAAGACAGACGACCACAAACUGAGCGAAGCUUCAGGUGGGUGUGAGAACGGUGAGGACCACACACUGGUGAAGGGCGGAGCUAGCACAGAUGGCGAUGGAGGCGGGACUGAGGAUGAGGAGGUGGAGUCAGAGGCGGUACCUGUGGAUGAGAAUCUGUUUACAGGGGAGGAUCUGGAUGAACUAGAGGAGGAGCUUAACACACUUGACCUGGACGAGUAACACUCGCCUCGAUCUGAACAAUUUUUUUUAUUUUUUUUUUUUUUUGUUUUCCUCCACCAAUCAUAACAGCCAUAGACAAACCAGCUCUGUGGACAUAUGAGAAUAAAGAUGAUCAGGGUCCUGUGAUACUGCGCUUACAUGAUUUGGUCCAGAAUGAAUUAAAUUUUUUUUUCCAUUGUAAUAAAAGCAAACGUUUUAGCACAGUAUUUUACAGUGCGUUACUGAAACCCGUCUUCAGUCCGUCAGCCAUCUUUGUCCGAACAGCGAACGGAAUUGUGCUACUUUUUGAACGGGACCUCACUGCUUACAAAGGCAGCCUACUUCUAAAUGGAAUUGAGCAGGGGUGGAGCUUUGGUUAAGUCUGCUCAGCCAAUCGCAUCAGCCUACCUGAUCAUGUGACCAUUGCCAUGUUUUUUACUGAUCUGGCUUGAUUAAUAUUGUUUUAAUUCACAUUAACAUGAUUUUGCAGUUAGGCUAGCAAGCUAAUGUGAGCCAGUUUAACAGUAACAUGGAACAGUAAGCUAUCUGAGAUCAUGUCGCUGGCAAACUGACCGCAAGCUACAUAAAUAAACAGCACUGUAAUAACAUCCACCAUCUAUCAUGUUGGCUUGAUCUGAAUUAUGUAGCUAGCCAAAAUUACUCAAGCUAACCCCCAGGAAAGCUAUAGAUACGUACAUGCAGCCCUCUGCUAGCAUUAGCUGGCUCACUUGUUCAUUAUCUGCUUAUGUAGCUAGUCACGUUUGCAAACGAACUCGCCAACUUGAGCCUAACUGCUGUUUUUUGUUUGGCUAGCAAGCUAAAUUCAGCACUAUGCUCAUGUUGGUAUGCUAGCUAUUGUAACAUCCUAUUAUAGCUAACAUUUAAGUGUGUUGUUAAAUGGUGUAAAUGUUAGCUAAUGCCAAGAUGCAUUUUGUCACAUGAUCAGGGUUAACCUGAGCUCCGCCCCUGGUGUGUGAAUCAGCUAUAUGAUUUCUUAAAUAAAAAAAAAAAAAGUUUCACCUGCUGAGUGUAUAAUCUGGAGGGUGUACAGGUGUGUGCGUGUUUGUUUUUAUCCUCCUGGCCAAGGUGAAAGUGUAAAUAAAGCAUAGUGGAGACAGAUGUAAA